AUGGCUAGCAGGAAGAAGAAGCAGGAGUCGAUUGAUAUCUCGUGGGGUCGUGGGACUCCCGCGAACAUACACCGUCUUGCUUCCGGCUGCCUCUUCAAAACUUCACAGCAUCGCCGCGUGUCUCUGCUUGGAAGAACGCCCAACUCCUUCAAGGACUCUCCGGCUCUCAGUCCGCCGUCCAACAUGCCACCCACAUUCGGCACCACGGACUUUAACAUUGAGCGACUCCUCGAGCGUGGCAAAUCCGCGCUGAAGCUCCACGACACAGAAUUGGAGAUUCAUGAAUCUUUUCCGACUCCAGUGUUUGGAGGGCGGGACCGAGCUCCGCAAGAUGGCGUUUCGCGCCCACACGACUCCAUACGCCAGAGAUUUUACGAAGAGAUGGACAAAGAGAACAACAAAUACAACAAGGAUGAUGAAGAUUGUGCAUAA